AUGGCCACUAUCAAACAAAUCGAUGGCCGUAGCGUCCAUCAAAUCCAAUCGGGCCAGGUCAUUGUUGACCUAUGUUCUGUUGUCAAAGAGCUAGUCGAAAACAGCGUUGAUUCUGGGGCAACGAUCAUAGACGUUCGUUUCAAAAACCAAGGCCUCGAUUCAAUUGAGGUUCAAGACAAUGGAUCCGGUAUCUCGCCUGCCAACUAUAGCUCUGUUGCUCUUAAGCAUUACACGUCAAAGCUUUCUUCCUAUUCUGACAUAGAGUCGCUGCAAACCUUUGGCUUUCGUGGCGAGGCUUUAGCAUCCCUAUGCGCCUUGUCAAUUCUAACAGUGACGACCUGCCUAGAACAAGAAUCUCCCAAAGGCUCCAGAUUAACGUUUCACCAGUCAGGAGAGCUGGAUAGCACAACCGUCGUUGCAGCCCAGCGAGGAACUACUGUCACAGUGGAAAAUCUAUUCCAUAAUUUACCUGUCCGACGCCGAGAACUUGACCGUAAUAUUAAGAGGGAAUGGCACAAGGUCAUUGCUCUACUUAACCAGUAUGCGUGCAUCCAGACGAACGUGAAAUUCUCCGUAUCUCAACAACCUACGAAAGGGAAACGAAUAUUACUCUUUUCCACCAAAGGCAACCCGACCACUCGUGACAACAUUAUCAAUAUCUUCGGCGCAAAAACUCUAACUGCUUUGAUACCUCUCGAUCUUCACUUGGAGCUUAAGCCCUCCGGUACCCGCUCUGACGUGCGAAUUGGCGACAAAUUAGGACCCAAUAGUCAUGACGUUCGUAUCGUGGGCCACAUCUCGAAACCUGCCCAUGGGGAAGGCAGACAGACCCCGGAUCGACAGAUGUUUUUUGUCAACGGUCGACCCUGUUCGCUACCUCAACUGGCCAAAGCGUUCAACGAAGUUUAUCGAUCAUAUAAUAACUCGCAAUCACCUUUCAUUUUCGCCGAUGUCCAGCUAGAUACUAUGCUAUACGAUGUAAACGUCAGCCCUGAUAAGCGAUCUAUUCUACUGCAUGACCAAAACAACCUCCUGGAUACUCUUCGUUCCUCCUUGUCUCAGUUGUUUGAUACCCAUGAAGACAGUAUCUCAAUUGCCACAUCAACUCAAAAUGUGAAAGCACAGUCUUCUUAUAGUAAAUUUACUAAGCCUGGACAACUCCCUCGACUUUUGGGCGAGUCAGCGUAUAAAUCCUAUACCACCACCGCGGUAGAACACAGUCCCAGUUAUGAAGAUAACAAAUCCAGUUCUACGACAGACACCGAAGAGCCAGAGCCGGACGAUGAGAUUCCUCAGGCAUCGCGAUCCAUGAAGACAAGGCCACAGUGUAAUACGAAAGAGAAACUGCACCUACAUAACGGUAUCGAAUCAGUGGUCAGGAGAGAUAUAUCAUCUUCUCCAGAGAAACCAGCCCCAGAGCCUACUCAUCUAAAGACUGUCUUGGUAGACCACUCCCCUCGACCUAAAGCUUCAUCGGCUACAUCCAACAUCAAUACCGUCAUAAACCAGCCCCAGAGAUCUCAUGGUCCUAAUUUCAAAAUCCACCCAGAAAUUUCUGACUCCACCAGUCCCGUUGCUUCUGAUAUUUCUGUAGAGGAUCAAGGCAGCCAAGAGUUACACGCGGUAGUAACUCCUCUACGAGAGGUCACUAGCCUGGCCAAAGCUACAGAUGUGGAGGGCAAAGCCAGAUCUCUCGAGCCUGAAAAAUUGCAUUCCACAUUACCAGAACCCGGCGAAGCAAAGGAACUUCUUCCUUCAGAAAUUUCUAGAUUAGAUACCGAAUCUAUCAUUCAACAACCUUCGCCGACACGGAGAAAUCGCAGAGCUAUGGAUAAUAAUAUUUCUAGGCAAUCUCGGGAUGACAAGCAGUCUCUUGAAACAGAGCCUGACUCUCAACACCUCAAGUCUACACUCGUAACAACAGAUGGCGGUUCUCCGAUGAAUACCGCCAAUGCAGGAGCUCUUUCCGUAGAAUCUCGAAUACAGCCCUCCAAACCCGCGCGGCGAAAAGACAUCACAACGGGCUAUAUACAAAGCUUACAUGUGGAGAAAGGAAAGCUCCGACUACUACAUAAUAAGCGUCCUCGUCUUCGUACCUCCCAGCCUGGUUCUACGUCGCAUAAUGCUUCUUCUGUAGAGCGAAUUGAUGCCAGCGAUGCAGAAUCUAGGCUCCCUCUUAUCAUUUCAAAGGGUGACUUUUCAAAAAUGAGAAUCAUCGGCCAGUUCAAUCUUGGGUUUAUCAUCGCUGUUAAGCCUGCCAGCCGCCUAGGCUCUGGUGUCGAAGGAAAAUAUGAUGAGCUUUUCAUCAUCGACCAGCAUGCGUCUGAUGAGAAGUAUAAUUAUGAAAAACUUCAAAACACCACUGAGAUUCAAUCUCAACGUCUUGUGCAUCCUAAGAGACUUCAGCUGACAGCUCUAGAAGAGGAGAUAAUACUAGAGAAUGCAACGGCUCUAAAUGCAAACGGGUUCAAAGUAAACAUUGAUACAACAGGACGCUUUUCUGUGGGGUCGCGAUGCCAGUUGACUUCAUUGCCCUUGAGCCGUGAAGUCACUUUCAAACUGGAUGACUUGGAAGAAUUGAUAUCUCUUUUGGGCGAUAAAUCGGCCGAGUCUUCGUAUAUCCCCCGCCCUUCCAAGGUUCAAAAGAUGUUUGCUAUGAGGGCAUGUCGAAGCAGCAUUAUGAUUGGCAAGGCCAUGACAAAAAGCCAGAUGCAUUCUCUUGUUAACCACAUGGGGGAGCUGGAUAAGCCUUGGAAUUGCCCUCAUGGACGGCCAACAAUACGACACUUGAGUCGACUGCAGGCAUGGAGUGGAGUAGGAUGGGAGCGUGAUCUGCAAACUGAUUCAAUUACGGCCUGGCACGAUUAUAUGGGAGAAGCAAACUGA